CCUUUUUUGUUUUUGGUGCAGGAUCAGUGAAGCUUCUGGUUGCUCAAGAGCCAUAUUUGGUUAUAUUAGCAUGACAAUGGAUCCGAAGAACAUCAAGAAAAGAAGAUAUACUGAGGACUUUUUGAAGUUUGGAUUUACCUGUAUCAUUGUGUCGGGAGUUGAGAAACCGCAAUGUGUCAUCUGUUCUGAAGUUCUCUCAGCGGAAUCAUUGAAGCCUAAUAAGCUGAAACGCCAUUUAGAAAAUAAACAUCCAAGCCUUGCCAGCAAGGAUGUCAAUUUUUUUAGAAGCAAGGCUGAUGUGCUUACGAAAUCCAGAUUUGACACUGGUGGCAUGUUCUACAAACAAAACGAAGCAGCUACUGAAGCCUCGUAUGUGAUUGCACAGAGAGUUGCCAGAGCAAUGAAACCUCACACCAUUGCUGAGGAAUUAGUUUUGCCAGGGGCCAAAGAUCUUGUUCGAAUUAUGAUUGGACCUGAAUUUGUUAAGAAAUUGCAUCCUGUUGCCUUAUCUAAUGACACGGUCCGCAGAAGGAUAAAUGAUAUGUCUGCAGAUAUUCUUCAUCAGGUCAUUAAAGAAAUAAAAUCUGCUCCACUUCCCAUAGUUAGCAUCCAGCUUGAUGAAUCUACAGACGUUUCAAACUGUUCACAAUAAGAAAAGAAAAUUGACGUGUUUGUGAGGUAUAUUCAUGAUGGUGGCUUUAAAGAUGAAUUUCUUUUCUGCAAACCCCUUGAGACAACAACCACUGCACGUGACAUAUUUGAUACAGUUGAUUCAUUCCUGAAGGAACAUCAGAUCUCCUGGAAAAUGGUUUGCGGUGUUUGCACAGAUGGUGCUCCAGCAAUGUUAGGAUGCCGAUCUGGUUUUCAACGCUUGGUACAGGAUGAGUCACCAAAAGUCAUUGGAACUCAUUGCAUGAUUCAUAGGCAAAUACUAGCAACAAAGACGCUGCCACAAGAGUUUCAGGAAGUCAUGAAAUGUGUAAUAAGUUGUGUCAAUUUUGUGAAGGGAAGUGGUUUAAAUUGCAGACUAUUUUCACAACUGUGCAGUGAGAUGGAUGCACCCAGCAAUGUCCUCCUGUUUCACACGGAAGUGAGAUGGCUGUCCAGAGGAAAAGUUUUACAACGAGUUUAUGAGCUUCGGGAUGAACUCAAAGUGUUCUUUAACCAAAAAGCAAAACCACAGUUUGAAGCACUUUUCAGCGAUCACAGUGAACUGCAAAAAAUAGCUUACUUGGUUGAUAUUUUUGCCAUCUUGAAUGAAUUAAAUUUAUCACUGCAAGGACCAAAUGCUACAUGCCUUGAUUUGUCAGAAAAGAUCAAAACAUUCCAACAGAAACUUCAGUUUUGGGGAAAAAAAUUGGAUGAAAGUAAAAUUUAUAUGCUGCCUACAUUAUGUGCUUUCUUUGAGGAAAAUGAUGUUGAACCAGAGGAAAGGAUUACAAUUAUACCUUCUGUGAAAGAACAUUUUCACAUCCUUGCAGAUGAAAUUUCAUAUUAUUUUCCAAAUCUUCCUGACAUCCCCUUUGCACUUGUCAGGAGCCCAUUCUCCAUCAACGUUGAAGAUGUUCCUGAGGCAGCACAAGAGGAAUUCAUUGAACUUAUUAACAGUGAUGCUGCAAAAACCGAUUUCUCUACCAUGCCCAUCACAAAAUUCUGGAUCAAGUGUUUGCAGUCAUAUUCUGUUCUGUCUGAGACUGUGUUGCGUCUUCUUGUUCCAUUUCCAACAACAUAUCUUUGUGAACAAGGGUUUUCCAGCUUGUUGGUUAUCAAGUCUAAAAACAGAAGUAGACUUGUUGUGGAAGACGAUCUCCGUUGUGCCCUUGCAAAGACUGCCCCAAGAAUUUCUGAUUUGGUGAGAAAGAAGCAAGCACAACCUUCGCACUGAUGUUGGCGCAAAGACUGCCCCAAGAAUUUCUGAUUUGGUGAGAAAGAAGCAAGCACAACCUUCACACAGAUGUUGGCCUUAUAAUGCGUCCUGCUGCAAAAUGUAGCAAUGUGGUUUCCUGUUGUUAUAUUACUAGGUUAUAAUGUGAGUUGUAUGUUGUGUGUAUGUUAAAUCUAUUUGCUGUUAUA